UUACCUAGCUGAACCAGUUACCUGAACCUGAACGAAGGCGGUUAGGGAACGGGUAACGUUACGUCAUGGGACAUGUCGGACAGGUUGCACUUGCGCUUUGAAUCAUGGGAACGCCUCGCGCCUAAAUCUCUCUCCGCCUGGGACCGAAACUGAACACAAACGAAGGACCGGCUGAUCACUGUUCAGCAGGACAUUAUGGAGGGGCAGAACAAGGGAGAGCCAAGUGCUCCCCUGCACUGGGCAGCUCGGAAUGGUCACCAUGGAAUUAUCUCAGCUAUGCUGAAGGCUGGUGAAGGAGUGAACACCCGAGACUCUAUGGAAAGGACUGCCCUGCACGAGGCAUCAGUGAAUGGACACCUUGAAACUGUACAAGCUCUACUUGUAGCCGGUGCAGAUGUGAAUGUGCGAGACAUGACGCAAACCACGCCUCUGCAUGAUGCAGCCACAAAAGGCCACCACGAGACUGUCCGAGCUUUACUGGUAGCUUUCGCAGACGUGAAUGCACAGGACUUCGAGCAAAGCACUCCAUUGCACAUGGCUGCUGCAAAUGGAACCACUGAAACUGUCGAAACUUUGCUGAAAGCUGGUGCAGAUGUGAAUGCACGGGAUAGAGAGCAAAGGACUGCUUUGCACCUGGCAUCUCGGAAUGGCUAUGAUGAGACUGUAAGAUCUUUGCUAAUGAUGGCCAAAGGCCGUGUAGAUCUUAACGCUUUCACCAAUCAGCAAUGGACUGCCCUGCACCUGGCAGCCAUGACUGGCCAGCACAAAGCUGCUUCUGUGUUACUGACAGCAGGUGCAGAUGUGAAUGCACGGGACAACGAGCCCUUAAAUACUUUGCAGCAAAAGACUGCCCUGCACCUGGCAGCCUGGAAUGGUGACUGUAGAACUGUUUCUCUUCUGAUAAGAGCUGGUGCAGAUGUGAAUGCUCAAGACAAGUGGUGCAACACCCCCAUUGGAGAGGCUAAGAAACGAGGUCAUCAGACGUGUGUGGAACGACUGGAGGCUGACAAGGACAGCAGGGACAAGGGUUCUAAAGAAAAGAAAGGACUUGAUCCUGUUCUGGUCCACUUCUAUGAAGAGAGGGGAAUGACCACUGCAAGUAAUAAAGAUCCACUGGUACAAGAAGCUGCAAAACAGUCCGGGAAAACUGUUAAGCAGGUUUUGAAUUUCAUUGGCAACUACCGCCAGAAAAAAGGAGAUCGUAAGAGAAAAUCACCAGAAGAUGAAUCAAGCAACACAGGAGCAAAAAAGGGCAAUCUCAUCGCAGACAAGACAAACACACCAGGAUCUGAGUUGCCUGUUCACGGCGCAGAAAGUGUCUCAGACCAGGGGCUGGAUAUUGCAUCCUCUACAAAGGAAACAGAUCAUGAGAGGAAAGAAAAGGAGUCAGCCAGGGUAAGUGACCAUGGGUCUGCAGCUGGUGAGAGGUUCAAGGCAGUGACUGAGCAGGGCCCCUCAACAAGUGUGGUGGUCCAUCAUCAUCAUCAUCAUGUCAUCUACCAACCUCAAAGCACUGCUCAUCUGGGAUCAGCUUGCAACAGCAGCCUUACAGGUAUGAUGCCAGCCUCACAAACAGCUGCUGCAGUUGUGAAUGUACAGGACAAUCAGCAAAGGACUGCUUUGCACCUGGCAUCUCGGAAUGGCUAUGAUGAGACUCAAUGGACUGCCCUGCACCUGGCAGCCAUGAAUGGCCAGCACAAAGCUGCUUCUGUGUUACUGACAGCAGGUGCAGAUGUGAAUGCACGGGACAACGAGUGCAACACCCCCAUUGGAGAGGCUAAGAAACGAGGUCAUCAGACGUGUGUGGAACGACUGGAGGCUGACAAGGACAGCAGGGACAAGCAAAGCACUGCUCCUCUGGGAUCAGCUUGCAACAGCAGGCUUACAGGUAUGAUGCCAGCCUCACAAACAGCUGCUGCAGUUGUGAAUGUACAGGACAAUCAGGGCCUUCAAACCAUUGUAGACCAGCAGCGUCCCAAGGCUGUGGAAGCUUUGCAGCAAGGGACCAAUAAGGACCACAAGAAAGAGGUUUGA